CUAUCAUAUUUUUGUCGUUAAAAAAGGGAGAUGUUUCUUUCCUAUCAUUCCUAAAAAUAUAUCUGCAUGAAACGACUUUCCACUGAAUCGUACAUAAAAUCAUUUCGAAUUAGGUCAGAUCAGGUACUCAAAUGCGUCGUUGGCACGAACAGAAUUUUCGCAGGUGGAUUGAAAAUGUAAAUUCGAAUAUAAAGGAGAGUGUGUUCCCUUAUGCCCUUAUCCUCGACAAGUGUAAUAAGUACUAGCAUUUGAUUUAGGCCGAUCGAGCAGUUUGCUAUGCGUUUACUUCGAGAUUUAGCAACGAGGACGAAUUUAACCUCCCAAUCUAGGUGGCUCGUGUUCGAAAAUUCAAUUCAAUUGUGAUUUCCCGUUAUCGCCAUAUGGUGAUUGUUGGCAGCACGAAGUAUCUUUGAUUGUGUAAGAUUUUUUUAUUUCAACACGACACGAUGGCACCGCAAUUGCAGAUUUUGUCCAACAUUCUGCAGCGAUUAGAAAACCUAGAAACCGCAACGACUGGCUAUCUUUAUGGUAUUAUGUACAACGAUACUCUUAUAGUUCUAACAUUCAGUAUAAGUUCGUGUAAUAGUGAAGAUAACAACCUAACAGAUUAUACAGCACUGCAGUUGAAUUUACCUGCAGAUAUAUAUUUCUGUGGCAUAUUACAUAUUGGUGAAUGUGAAGAAAUAAAUACUGAUAUUUUCAAGGAUAUUGAUAUUACAGAUAAUCCAUUACUUUUAAAAUAUUCACGCAAUACGUUGGAUAUACAAGCAUAUUUUUAUGUCCAUCAAAAACUAGAAGCUAUAAAUAAUCUUAGUAUUAUUAGCGAAGAUGAUCUUUCUCGACAAUUUGUAUAUAUUAGAUUACAAGCGACUCUACCAUUGAUUGCUCAGGAUGGGAAUGUAUCGGAAGCUUUGCAGGAGUCACGAAAAAAUAUUGCAUCUGGAAAAAUAGGAAUACAUUUUCCUUUGAACGAUGUAUACCUCUUCAGAACUGAUGACAAUUUAAAAGAUAUAAUGUUAAAAGAUAUUUUAUCUUUGUCCGAAGACCAGGAGAAAUUUUCAACUGGAUCAAGUAAUGUAAAUUAUAAUACUGGGCCUGUGAAAAUUAUACAUGCAAACAUGUUAUUAAAGAUGUCAAGCGAGAAAAAUUCUGAAGAAUCUGUUAAAUAUGCUCCUGUUUUGCAAUACAUAAAAAAAUCCUUCAAUAGUUCAGAAUGCAAUUUACACAUCAAUGCAUUAUCAUUGGUGAAUUUGAAUGUAAAAUCAGCUGAAUUACACGCGAUUUUAGUGGAAUCCACUUGCCGAAAUAUUAGAUUAAUUGAAAUGCAACAAGAAAAUCAGUCUGAAGUUACACAACUAUCUGAAAUCAUGCAUUUUAAACCUCAGAGUUGUGGACAUUUAUUUACAGUAGUAUAUCCUGGCAAUUCUACUAAUGAUACUACAAUGGAAUAUCGUAAGGCUUUACACAAGGCUUUAGCAUUAGAUUUGACUAGACCCCAUUUUCGACAAGGAAAUGCCAUCAAAUUUGACACACAGGCAAAUGAGAUACUUGUAAAUCCUCAUCAGGCUCUUUUAAAUAAAGGUAUUACAGGAAAAAUCAGUAUUGUGGAUGGUUUGUAUUCAUAUCACCACUAUAUGCAAGAUAAUUUUGAUGAUAAUGGAUGGGGAUGUGCUUAUAGAUCUCUCCAAACCAUCAUUUCGUGGUACAGAUUACAGGGUUAUAGUGAAGUACCAAUACCAUCUCAUCGCAAAAUACAACAAUGUUUAAUUGAUAUAGGCGAUAAGUCUUUCGACUUUCUUGGUAGUAAACAAUGGAUUGGUUCAACUGAAGUAAGUUUUGUACUGCAGACUCUCCUUAAUACAGAUGUCAAGAUACUUCGUGCAUCAAGUGGAGAAGAGAUGUUAGCCUUAAUUCCACAACUUGCAAAUCAUUUUGAUAUACAGGGUACACCUGUUAUGAUUGGUGGAGGACUAUUAGCUCAUACAAUUCUAGGAGUUAGUUACCAUGAACAUUCUGGAGAGGGAAAAUUCUUGAUUUUAGAUCCACACUAUACAGGCGGAGAACACUUGCCUACCAUAAUAAAUAAGGGUUGGUGUGGCUGGAAAACAAAAGAUUUUUGGAAAAAGGAUUCAUUUUACAAUAUGUGCCUUCCACAAAGACCUACAGCCUUCUGAUAUUAAAUA